UGAUUUACUCGGUGGGCGGCACAAAUAACGGAGACAGUCAGAGAGAGCAAAUAAAAAGUUGAAAAAAAAUAGCGUAAGCAGCGCAUCUUGAUCUUCGUAUGUAAAACAGGAUACCAGCGACUCUUUGACAUUUCUUUGUGUUGAUUUGCGUGUUUCGAAUGGACGACAAUCACAAUUCUACUCCUCACCAUUCGAACUCCAAUUCCGAUUCGGCGCCGUCUGAUCGGCCGGUACGUGUCUACGCCGAUGGGAUCUACGAUCUCUUCCAUUUCGGUCACGCUCGCUCCCUCGAGCAAGCCAAGAAAUCGUUCCCCAGCACCUACCUACUGGUUGGAUGUUGCAAUGAUGAAACCACUCACAAGUUCAAAGGUAAAACUGUAAUGACGGAAUCUGAUCGGUAUGAGUCUCUUCGCCAUUGCAGGUGGGUGGAUGAAGUCAUUCCGGAUGCACCUUGGGUGAUUAAUCAAGAAUUUCUUGACAAGCACAAGAUCGACUUUGUAGCCCACGAUGCUCUUCCCUAUGCGGAUGCUAGUGGAGCUGGGAACGAUGUCUACGAAUUUGUGAAAAAAGCUGGAAAGUUUAAGGAAACAAAAAGAACUGAAGGAAUAUCUACGUCUGACAUUAUUAUGAGGAUUGUAAAAGAUUAUAACCAGUAUGUAAUGCGCAACUUGGAUCGGGGGUAUACAAGAAAAGAGCUCAAUCUUAGCUAUGUGAAGGAAAAGCGAUUGAGGGUGAAUAUGAGGUUGAAAAAACUACAAGAGAAAGUGAAGGAACAACAAGAAAAAGUUGGCGAGAAGAUUCAAAUUGUUGCAAAAACUGCUGGUAUGCAUCGUAACGAGUGGGUGGAAAAUGCUGAUCGAUGGGUUGUUGGAUUUCUUGCGCUGUUCGAAGAAGGAUGCCAUAAUUUGGGCACAGCCAUGAGGGACCGGAUUCUAGAGAGGUUGAGGUCAACAGAACUGUUACAAAAUGGCAAGGAGGACGAUGAUGAGGAUGAAUAUUAUUACGAUGAUGAUGAUUAUUACGAUGAUGAUGAUGAUGAUGAUGAAGAAUAUUAUGACGACGACGAGUACUAUAGCGAGAGAGAUGAAAAACAAAAGAAGUAGAUCUUCCUUUUGCAUGCCUGAAUGGCUGAAUCUGGUUGGAUAUGUAGCAAAAUGUGCUUGUUUUAGUGUUUUUUUUGUGCGGGGUUGCUGUAAAGUUGCUAUACAACAGCUGCGGGACGUGGAAAUGAUGUUGAAAACUGUAACAUUCGUAUGCAAGAUAAAUGUUGUUGGGUCGUUUUGGAUUUGCUAGGGAAAAAGCACAGCUUCCUGCUCCUGUGGUCUGUAUUUUUAUCUAGUUAUCAAAAUGUGGUUUUAAAUAUUUUUUGAUUA